ACAUAAUAUGUCAGCAGUUACUAAUGAACUUUGAAUUUUCCCAACAGACAAAUUAUUGAGUUUCAAAAAAAAUUAUUAUUAAAUUAAAACACUUUAAAAAUCCUAUUGAAAUAAUUAUGAAAAUUAAUUAAUUAAACUUUAGAACAUAAUUCUGCUCGAGAAGAGCAUUAUCGUUAUUAGUCAAAAAUCGUUUGAAUGUAUCGCUUAUUAAUCGUUUCGAGUCAUCUUAUAUACUAAUCGACAUAAUCGAAUAAUUAAUAAUCGAAAUAUUAUAAAAUCCAUGGCUUAUAUUUUUCGUUUCUAACAGAGUACGUUUCAUAUUAAUAUUUUCUUUUUCUCUCUUUCGAUUUUACAUUCGAUUCGAUUCGAUAAAAUGUCCAAAUACGUAUACGACGAAGACAUAUGCCUUCGCAUUCGAUCUUUCAUAACGAGUACGGUUAAGCUUUAAUUUUCAGUCGGGUUCACCAAUCGCUUGAUAACAAAAUAAGAUGAUCGCGUGACUAAACGAUGCUUCGAUGAACCAAAAAGACAUCUGAUAAUGGACGUUACGUCGAAUUAAAAAACAUAGUACGAAUAUGACAGUCUGAUGAUACUUUAGCCGAGAGUUGGUGUGACAGUUCUACAACCCUGAACUUUUUCACUUCUCUCCUCUUUUAUACACACACACACACAGACACACACACACUCUCCCUCUUUUUCCCUCUCUCUUUCUCUCUCCCUGUCUAUCUACCCGUGUUUUCUGUUUCUAUUCCACAUCGUUCUGUACCGCGUAGCCGGACGGAUGAAUCGGGAGUAGUAUAGUCUCUUUGUUCGAAAAGCGUUUACGUUUUGUGACAUAGGAAACUUUGGAAAUCUAGGAUGAACGAUCCGAAAAAUGAGAUGCACUACACGCCACCGACUUCGAAACAGACGAAACCUUUUCCGAUUCGAGGGGAACGAGCAAAUUUCGUAAACAAGCCUCAUGUAAUCGCGAUGGUGGGUUUGCCAGCUCGAGGCAAGACCUAUAUUUCGAAGAAGCUCUGCAGGUAUCUCAAUUGGAUCGGAAUAAACACGAAGGUCUUCAAUCUCGGCGAGUAUAGAAGGCAUGCGACGACUGCCUAUCAAUGCCACGAAUUUUUCCGUGCGGAUAACAUAAAAGCUAUGGCGAUAAGAACACAAUGUGCCGUGGAUGCGUUGAACGACGUUUGUCGUUGGCUCGAGAGUGGCGACGGAGAAGUUGCCGUUUUCGAUGCUACCAAUUCUACUGUGGAUCGACGUAAAAUGAUACACGAUAUUGUUGUAGGAAAGAUGGAUUACAAGCUCUUCUUCGUCGAAUCUGUUUGUAACGAUCCUGAGAUAGUCGAGCAAAAUAUUAUGGAGGUCAAAGUCAGCAGUCCAGAUUAUGCGAAUAUGAAUAAGGAAGAAGUAUUGGCCGAUUUUAUGUUGCGGAUCGAACAUUAUAGGGAAAAAUAUGAGCCACUGGACGAGGAUUAUGAGACUGAUCUGUCCUUUAUGAAAAUCUAUAACACCGGCGAAAAAGUUAUAGUGCACAAACACGAGGGACACAUACAGAGCAGGAUCGUCUACUAUUUGAUGAACAUUCACAUUGUACCUCGUACGAUAUAUCUAACCAGGCAUGGCGAGAGUAUGAUGAAUCUGGAAGGUAGAAUAGGAGGUGACUCGGAUCUUAGUGAAAGAGGUUGGGAGUACGCCAGGGCAUUAGCUACCUUCAUUACCAGUCAGGAUAUUCAGGGUCUAAGAGUAUGGACAAGCUGGUUAAAAAGGACCAUACAGACGGCAGGGGACGUGGAAGCACCUCAGGAAAGAUGGAAGGCCCUCAAUGAGAUCGAUGCCGGAAUUUGCGAAGAGAUGACCUAUGCAGAGAUCGCCGAGAAGUAUCCUACGGAUUUUGCUGCAAGGGACCAAAAUAAAUUCCCCUAUCGUUAUCCACGAGGUGAGAGCUAUGAGGAUUUGGUAGCACGGUUGGAACCCGUGAUAAUGGAAUUGGAAAGGCAAGGCAAUGUUUUGGUCGUCAGUCAUCAAGCGGUAUUACGUUGUCUGCUCGCUUAUUUCUUGGAUAAGAGUUCAGAGGAACUACCGUACCUCCAGGUACCAUUGCAUACCAUCAUUAAAUUGACACCCGUUGCAUAUGGUUGUAAAGUGGAACACAUACGACUACCAAUCGAUGCGGUGGAUACUCAUCGACCAAAACCAAAGAUCCCAGGAUAUUUGGAAGAUCGAUUCAGAAGGAAAGGGAAAGUUCUACGCACGUGAUAACGACCAUUUUAUAAUGCAGCAAGAUCCUAACUGCUCUACUUUCGGUAAUGACAGACAGAGACACAGAGAAAGAAAGGGAGAGAAAAGAAAAGAGAGGGAGAGAGGGAGAGAGAGAGAGAGAGAGAGUGAGGGAGAGAGAGGGAAAGGGAGAGAAAGAGAGAGGGAGGGAGGGAGGCGUUUAGGCGACACAUUGUAUACGGCAGCUGGCUGCCCAUCAUUGAUGAUGACUAUCGUCCCAACUGACUAAUUUUUUUCCUUCUUCUUCGGACGAUGUACAUCAAAGAAUUUCGGCGAAUGUACCUAACGGUAAUCGAUGAUGUAUCUUCAUAAUGUAUCUAUCACACACGUGCGCACAUCUAUAAACGUACGUACACGGAACACAACAUUCAAAUUCUCGACUCAUAGAAACAUAUACACAAACUAUACGAAAUCUAUAAAAGAAGGUCUGCUCAGUCAAUAAUAUUAUCAAGACUCGCGACACUUUGCCUUCAUUCUAGGCAUUUUUCGUGAGUUUAAUCCUAUUUAAUGAUAUUUACUACUGAGGAGUUCCUAAUAAAUUCCUACAUAGGAUUUUAGCACUAUGUUUUUUAUGAAUAUAUUAUAUAUUAUAUAUGGUUAAACGUUCUUUCGAUAUUCAUCGUAUUAUUAACAUAAUAUCAUCUUAAUGAAUAUUUUUUGGUAAUAAAUAUUCUUUGAUAAUAAUCAGCACAGCAAUAACGACUAUAAUCAUUCAAGAAUCCUAAAUCGUGUCUUGCUAAGACAUGAACGGUAAAUUAUCCGAAUAAAUUACUGGCUACUGGUGGUAUUACAUGAUUUGUCGAAUUAAAAUAGCAUCUAAAUUUAUUUACGCCAAGAUGUUGACAAUAUUUGAAAGAACGUUCAUCUAAACCUCCUCUUUUACAUUUUAUGCAAAUGUGUCAGAGAAAGUUGAUAAAAAUAUGCCUUAUAUAUUAGCAUUCCUUUAAAUGAUAAUAAUAGUAAGUCAAGUGAUAAUGCGAAAGUACUUAGAAAGAUAUUUGAAGUGAAUGAAAAAAAGCAAAAAAAAAAAAAUAAUAAUAUUGGUGCGAUGUAAAAAGUUCGAAUGCAAGCGAGGUAUAUGGUGCUUCCAAAAAUUUAUGAUUGGGCAGAUCUGUUAUAUGUAUAAAAAAAAAAUGUAUAUAUACAUGAUUGAUCGUGAAGCGCUUUAGAAAAAUUUGUUGCAUAUAAUAAUAUAGAAAGGGAUGAUAUAUCCUACGUUUUUAUCUCAAACAUCUUUCUUCUUUGGGAAGAUACCGAAAAUUCUUUAAUUAUUGCAAGAAUUUAAUAUAGUUAGGAAAGGAGAACUUUUCGAAAGAUAAUUUUUAUUUCAAUACCAUAGCGUCGUUCUCCUUUUGUAUCAACUUUUAUCUAUCAUCUUUGAAAUUAAGAAAGAUGUUUAAUGUCUGAACGUUAAGUUGCUUAUCCCCCACCCCUCUUGUUAUAUUUCCAUACAAACACAUACACACACAUAUGUAUAUAUAUAUAUAUGCAUGAAUUGUAAGAAAUAUUAGGGCAUUUUUACACGAUCUUAUUGUACAUUCAUAAAUAUGUACUCAUAAAAAUGUUUAAGCGUAAAGAGACAAUGUCUUACGCGAACUGAAAAGCAACAAAUUUCAAGUUGUUAUUAUGAAACUCAAAGAAUGAACAUAUACAUAGCGCGAGCUAUAUAUUUUACGGAUAUUGCAAAAUUUAAAGUACCGAAACCUUAUUUUACGGAUACGUACGUACAUACAUACAUACAUACAUACAUAUAUACGUACAUACAUAAAUAGAUAAAUACAUAAAUAUAUGAAUAUGUAAGUAUAUAUAUAUAAAACAACGCAGCGCUUUUAAUCUCACACAGGCGUAACAGUUUUCUUAGAUUUAUAUAAGAAAACUUAUAGGCCAAAGAAAAUACAUAAACGAUCUGUAGACAUUUUUUUUCGUCAUUUACACUAAAUGCAAGAGCCCUCUAAUUUAUAUUAUCAAAAAAAAAAAAAAAAAAAAAAAAAUAUGUUUCAUCUCCCGCUUUAUACGAAUAUUUUUUCAACGUGUCACUGUAAAUCGUAUAUUUGCGUUAUAUGCCUCGCCAAAGUAUAUAUUUACUCACCCUUUCAAGCUAUAUUAUUUUUUUGUCGGAAGCAGUGCAUUUCACAAAAGAAAAAAAAAAGAAAUAAUUAAAAAGUAAAAAAAUAAAACAGUUUCGAAGGGUGUAAAGUACAAUAUACACGAGUUCUACAUGUAAUUAUAUACAUGUGAUUUUUAUGGAUAUUAAAACUUGACAAUCGGUCUAUUGUUUUUAUUUCUUUUUUUUUUCUUUCUUUUUUUUUUUAAGUUGCGUCACAUAGAUGUUAGUUUUAAACGAGCUUUUGUAUCGUUUUAAUCCUAUUAUGUGUAAUCUAUCACACAUUAUUCGUCUUAAGUAAUAAAAUUGUAAUCAAUAUAUAUAUAUAUAUAUAUACAUAUACAUAUAUAUAUAUACACAUAUAUAUAUACAUAUGUAUAUAUAUGUAUGUAUGUAUAUAUAUAGCAUAUCAUAAAAUAAUUGUAGAAGACAAAUAAAAAUUAGAAUUGUUACUUUCCGAAUAUGAUUUAAUAUACGAAUGUAAUAAUAUCACGUCAUUUACCUUAGAUGAUGAAUGAUCGAUCAAUUGAUCGAUCAAUCUUCACUAUUUAAAUUUUAAAUUAUUUCGAAAUGAAUAAAAAAGAAAAAUAAAAUAAAAAUAAAGACGAUCGAGAAUAAAAUAAUGUCUGCGAGAUUUAUAUUCGAGCGUUGAUCGUAUCGAGAGACGUGUAUAUUUUUUUUUAAAUAAUUCCCAUAGAAAAUACAUAUUUUCGAAAAGGA